ACACACAAUUCCCAAACGCUCUCGAUUAGGUUUUCUUCUACACUUGUUCUUCUUCAUUAGCUCUCUCUUCUUCAAUCUCUCUCUCUCUCUUUUUACGGCGAUUUCACAAUGGUUGAUGCGAAACAAGUUCGUUUCAUCAUCGGAGUUAUCGGGAAUGUUAUCUCCUUUGGUCUCUUUGCCGCACCAGCGAAGACGUUUUGGAGGAUCUUCAAGAAGAAAUCAGUGGAGGAGUUUUCGUAUGUGCCAUACGUAGCAACGGUGAUGAAUUGUAUGUUGUGGGUGUUUUACGGUCUCCCUGUGGUUCACAAAGACAGUUAUCUAGUGUCUACCAUUAAUGGUGUUGGGUUAGUCAUUGAACUUUUCUACGUUGGUGUCUACUUGAUGUACUGUGGUCACAAGCAGAACUAUAGAAAGAAGAUUUUGCUUUACUUACUUGGUGAAGUUGUUUCUGUUGCGAUUAUCGUUCUUAUUACGCUCUUUGUGAUUAAGAAUGAUUUCAUUAAGCAAACAUUCGUUGGUGUGAUUUGCGAUAUCUUCAACAUUGCUAUGUAUGCAUCUCCUUCAUUGGCCAUUAUUACAGUGGUAAAAACAAAGAGUGUUGAAUACAUGCCAUUCUUGUUGUCUUUGGUCUGUUUCGUUAAUGCUGGAAUUUGGACUUCUUACUCACUCAUCUUCAAGAUCGAUUACUACGUCCUCGCAAGUAAUGGGAUUGGAACCUUGUUGGCCCUUUCUCAGUUGAUAGUGUACUUUAUGUACUACAAAUCAACUCCAAAGGAGAAGACGGAGAAGCCAUCAGAAGUUGAGAUUUCAGCAACGAACAGGGUUUGAAGAAUUGUUCUUUGGAUUCAAUCUUUUUACGUACAUUACAUACACAAUUUGUGUGUAUGUUUUAGGCUUCUGUUUUUUUUUUAUUUUGGUAGAAUUUUCAAUUGUUUAGUUUCUGGAUUAUGAGGAUUGUCUGGAUUUGUUUUUCUACUACAUUUUUUCUGGUGUGUGAAACGUUUUGAGGGAAAAUAACAAAUUUUGGAUUUUUUC